CGAGCAGCUUGCUACUCGCGAGGACGUUGUGUCCUCUCUUCUGGACUUGAGCAUGCUCCAGGCUCGUCAGGAGCGACUCACCCUCCAUGUCGCUGCAAUGCGUCGCCUUCUCGCCAUCCUCUCUGACCCUGAUCGCACCCUCUCGAUCAUCCCUGUACGACUCGGGACCUCCACAAGGGUGUACUCAGCGCUGUGGGAUUCCGGUUCUCAGGGCGACUUCAUUCACCCACGCGUGGUGAAGGAAGCCCGCUUACCCACGACAGUGUCUCCGACUCCCAUCUCUGUUACCCUAGGGGAUGACAAGACCCAGUGCUUCUUCGAUCAGACGGUCACCGACCUCCCCUUCUUCCUCACUCUCGAGCCGACUGAGCGUUCCCCGGCGUCUCGUCGCCACCGCUCCUCUGCACAUUUCGAUGUGAUGGAGACGGGGUACUACUUCAUUCUCGGCAGUCCGUGGUCUCGUCGGUUCCGCAGCACCGAGGCCGAUUGGGCGACCAACACUCUCGUUCUCAAAACGAAGUGCGGACAGGCGUAUCGCGUACCUUUCAUAGGUACCACGGCGACACCACGCCCCGAUCCUCCUCCCCCGGAGCCUUUAGUGCCCACACCAUCUCCCUCUAUCACUGUCACCUCGCCUCGGCAGUUCGCUCACUUCAUUCGACAGGACGACAUCACCUUCUUUGUGGUGGACGUGACGGAUCUCUUACACUAUGAUCCACCCUGUCCCGACGCCGAGCUCAUCCCUCUGGAGCCAKAUCCUCCCUCUAUCUCCAUGGCUCCCAUCUCUACUUCCGUCCCUCCGCCGUCCGUCGAGUCCACCCCGCCGUCGCGCGCUGACGCUGGCGCUGAGGAACUCGCACGAUAUACGGCUGACUUGGAGCCCACAGUUCGUGACCUCACCAGAGAGUACCACGACGUUUUUCCAUCGUCGUUCUCGUACGCCGGCAUCCCACCGAUGCGUGACGUCGAGCACUCCAUUCAGCUCGUGCCUGACUAUCGUGUUCACCACUAGGCACCCUACAGACUCUCGAUCCCCGAGGCCACCGAACUCAAGCGUCAGCUUGAGAAGCUCCUGAGACUGGGUUUCAUUAAACC